AUGGAAAAAUAUCUGAAGAAUAUUCUUGUUAUUUCAUUUGGAUUCUUAUUUCUAUUUACUGCAUAUGGAGGGCUCCAGAGCCUCCAGAGCAGUCUCCAUUCUGAAGAAGGCCUGGGUGUCGCCUCUCUAAGCAUAAUUUAUGCAGCUCUUAUCUUGUCCUCCAUGUUUCUCCCAUCAAUCCUCAUUAAGAAGUUUGGAUGCAAGUGGACCAUUGCGGGCUCCAUGUGCUGCUAUGUUGCAUACUCUUUGGGCAACUUCUAUGCCAGCUGGUACACCCUGGUCCCCACAUCCGCGAUCCUUGGUCUGGGAGGAGCACCGCUCUGGUCAGCCAAGUGUACAUAUCUCACCAUUGCUGGCAACUUAUAUGCUGAAAAAGCAGGGAAAAUUGGGAGCGAUGUUAUCAACCAGUAUUUUGGAAUCUUCUUUCUGAUAUUCCAGUCCUCUGGAGUCUGGGGCAAUCUUAUAUCAUCGCUGGUAUUUGAUCAAGCACCAAACAAAGUGGAAAUCUCAGAAGCAGACCUGGCCUGCUGUGGUGCAAAGGACUGCAUGACAACAAAUGCUAUGAACAAAUCUGAGACUUCAACAGGAUCAACUGAUACAUUGAUCUAUACUCUACUGGGAAUCUAUACAGCUAGUGGGGUCCUAGCUGUGUGCAUCAUCAUUAUAUUUCUGGAUCAGAUCAGGGUCAAUGAACCACAGGACGAAGUCCAGAAAACACCUUCCUUUUGGUCCACUUUCUUGGCAACAUUCCAACAUCUUAAAGAUAAACGCCAGUGUCUCCUGAUUCCUCUGACCAUGUAUAGUGGAUUUGAACAAGGAUUCCUUGCUGGUGACUAUACCAAGUCCUAUGUGACCUGUGCCCUCGGGAUACAUUUCGUUGGUUAUGUGAUGAUCUGCUUUUCAGCUGCAAAUUCACUCUCCUCUAUGCUGUUUGGAAAAAUUUCCCAGUUCACUGGCAGGAAAGCUCUCUUUGCACUGGCUGCCGCUCUCAAUCUUGGCUGUAUAGUAGCACUGCUGCUCUGGAAACCUCACCCAAAUCAGCUGGCUGUUUUCUUCAUAUUACCUGCUCUCUGGGGUAUGGCUGAUGCUGUCUGGCAGACACAAACCAAUGCACUCUAUGGAGUUUUGUUUGAGAAGCAUAAAGAAGCUGCCUUUGCUAAUUACCGCCUGUGGGAAUCUCUGGGAUUUGUCAUUGCCUUUGGCUACAGCACUUUCUUGCAAGUUUACAUCAAAUUAUACAUUGUAUUGGCUGUACUGGUGGUGGCCAUGGUCUUAUAUGGAAUGGUCGAGUACCUCGAAUCCAAAACUUCCCUGGGAACACCCAACUCUGCAAAUACUCAACCAGCACCCGACUCUGAGUCAGUCAGCUGUGAGCAAACCCAGUUGCAAAGCAUCAAGGCAACAUAG